UUUUGCUUGCACGCUUUAGGCUUCUAGGUCUAUGGGAUGCGCGGAUGUCCCGUCCAGGGCUCAAAUUUUUACUAAUCCGUGAUGGAGACAUGAAGUCUUACAUGUAGUCGCCGCAUUCUGUCAAAUUUGGAAUUGAUCGGGGCCGGGCUGUAAAAUCGUUUUGGCGCAUCAAUCCAUCCUGCUGCCGCCACCAUGCUGGAUCUCGAGUUUCCUGGUUCGGGUUGGGCAACUCGCGAUAACGCCACCAUUGCCUUCGGCUGUAUCAUAGCCUACAGUGUGAUCCGGACCAUCUACUUGGUUUGGUUUCAUCCUUUAGCAAAAUAUCCUGGACCCAAGAUUGCUGCAGUUUCCAACGUCUGGUAUGGAUACCAAUGGCUGUCCGGUCGCUAUCCAUGGGCGAUGCAACGAGCCUUCAAAGAUUAUGGCGAUGUUGUUAGAAUUGCACCCAACGAGCUGGUCUUCAUAACUCCCAAAGCCUAUACAGACAUCUACACCAGCAGCAUCAAUGGACGGCCUGGCUUUGUCAAGUCUGAUAUGCUUGACACCGGGGACAAGUACGAGGGCUUAGCUUCGGAAAGAGAUAUCGACAAGCACCGGGCUGCCCGCAAGCAACUGGCUCCUGCAUUUAGUCCCCGGUCUUUAAAGCAGUACGAACCCAUCAUUCAUGCCGACGUGGAUGAGUUUGUCGAAGUGCUCAAGAACUCACCUGCGACUGAAGCGGGGGUUGACAUUGCUCCAUGGUUUGAAAGAGCCACAUGUGAUCUUGGUGGCUCGAUCACACUCGGCCACAAUUUCAAAAACAUUCAAUCUGGCCAAAACCACCCUAUCUUAGAGUCACUGUUGCGCAUUGGUCACUGGGCCACGUUCCGCAACGUCAUGCGUCGCUUUCCCCUGCUCUAUCCAUUGUCUUAUGUCUUCCUGCCGCCAAAAGUGGCGUUCAGCUACUUCAGAGCUCACUCGACUAGUAAGAAGCUCAUCAGAACUCGUGUGGAGGAGCGUCACGACCGCAAGGACUUGGACUACAUGACCCAAUUUCUGAAGAACGAGGAGGCGCUCCCGCCAGAUGGUUUCCUCGUGUCUCAAGCCGGCCAUCUCAUUCUUGAUCAUUACGAAUCUUCGAGUGUUUUGACAGCGGGUAUGUGUUUCUUGACAACGAACGAUGAGGUCAUGAAAAAGCUACAGAACGAAUUGAGAACGACUUUUAAGUCGUAUGAAGAUAUUACGGAGGAUAAGCUUCAAGAUCUGCCCUGGCUCAAUGCUACUAUUGAGGAAGUUAUUCGACUUCACACGAAUGUUCCUUACGGACUUCCAAGAAUCAGUCCUGGCCACACUGUUGAUGGGAACUACGUGGCAAAAGGCGUCGUCGUUUCGUCCUGCGCAUAUGCUACAACUCACUCGGAGAAGUACUUCAGCAAGCCGUACGAGUUCAAGCCUCAGAGAUGGCUUCCUAAAGAUCAUGCAGAGUAUGAUCAUGUCUUUGAUGGUGAUGACCGAGCUGCAUUUAGGCCCUUUAGUGUCGGAUCUCGCAACUGCCUUGGCCAAGCCAUGGCCUACCUGGUGCUUCGCAUCAUGUUCGCAAAACUUUGCUGGAAGUUCCAGUGGGAGCUCUUGAACAAGAAUGAGAUGGACUGGGAUCGGGAUCUGCGACUCUACAUCGUAUGGCAAAAGCCAAAGGUGCACGUUCGCAUUACUCCUUUCGAGCGAAAGGUGUGAUGAGAGACAUUGCUAAGUCUUCCACACGGCUCUAUCCAUGUACUAAGAUAAUCUAAGUACCAGUUGAGCUUUAGCCGAAAUGCAACAGUUCAAUGUAUGUAGAUAGGGUACUUGUAUUGGAUGAGUUUUAUCAAUUUCUCUUCGAAAAUAUCGAAAUGGGAACCGAUGACGACGAAGGCGAUGAUCUUGCGAUAAUGGCUGCCGCUCCUCGUGAUAUCCGGAUCUCUCCCUCUUUCUG